AUGAGCCUCCUCGCAGCCAGUACUGGAUACUGUGCGACGGUGACCGUACCUAACAGUCUGUUGCUCAAUUCCAUCGCAGAGUCGGUCUCUCUGCCAAUGUUCACUUGGUCGGCCAACGGAACCCACACUGCCAAGGGAUAUACUACCGAGGCAGCCGAUGAGACCAGCGUCCAAGGGAUGAAGGAGGACUGCGACAACAUCAAUCUCAACAAGAAGAUCGCUGUCGACUUCCGUAGUGACGUUUUCGGCCCUGGAGUCAUUGGAUUCUUCUACAAGUGUGAAAAGAUCCGCCAAGAUACCAAUCUCUAUUGGUUCACUGUCAGCUCCGGCAGUUCCUCUCAGAUCGACCAGCUGUGUGAUCCCAACACAAACUACCCCAUUGUUUAUGACUCGCAGCACAACACCUGGUGGAUUGAUGAGCCAUUUGAUUGCACUCAGCGUACCUCCCCGGCGAGUUGA